AGUCAGGAGAAUCAAUCCCUGGUUUUGAAUCUCUCCAUGUUGAUAUGUACUCCUAGGUAUGAGCCUCUAUAGGUGCAACUCUCAGCAUGUCUCACCUACUCUUUGAAACAAUCCCUGAGCUGCAGAUCAUGGUCUGCCGCCAAUGCAAGCACGGGGUUCACCUAAUUGAGGUGGAAACCCACCUUUACCGGAAGCAUUUCAUGACCAGCUUGCAGAUCCAGCCUGUCCUCGAGACUGUCCAACAAUGGACCAACCUGAUCCGGGACCCUGGUGCUGUUGAGAUUCCUCGGGCAUUGGAUCAUCCCCUGCCAAUUCUCCCAGUCUCGACCAACGGCAUGCAGUGUCGACGUGAUCUGGACUGCCCAUACAUUGCGACCAACCUUAAUACUAUGCACAAUCACUGGCAGCAGGUGCAUGGAUGGACCCAAUACAAGAGACGUGGCCGAGCCAAGCAAUCAUAUCACAUGGUUGCCUGGCAGCAGGUGUUUCCAACGCGCAAGAACUCGCACCUGGUUCAUAUCCGAUCAUGCGACCCCACGCCUGACGAGCCCCCAGUACCGACAACUGCCCAUCAGCAGAUUGCUGCUGAAAUCAAAGCACGCGCUGCCAACAACAAGCAGCUGGCAACCUGCCGGACGGCCGAGAGCGAUACACUGCAUGAUGCGAACCCAUGGCUGCGCAUGACCCGAUGGGCACGAUACCUUGCAGACGUGCACUUCCAAGACCUCCUCGACGUCGUCACGCCCCCUGACUGCGAUGAGAACGACGCCACCCUGCAUGAACAAGGAGAUCCCGUCAGCCAGGCAACGCAGCGCGUGUGGGACGCCAUGGGGCAGCUGGCUCGGCGCAGUCAGCGCACGGUGCAGCACUGUGGGAAUGGCAUUCACAUGACGGCUGCCAGCACAAUGCCCAACCAGAUCCCCCAUCAACCAUUGCGAGCGUACAUGGAUGAGACGAGCAUAGCCAAGCACAUGCGGCCGUGGCAGCAGAUCCUGCUGUUCAUCAUUCGCACGCAGACUGAGUGGCCAUGGCGACAGAAGAAGCCCAGCUAUGUCAUGACCGCACGACAGCAGUGGACCUGGCAGCGACUGUGGCAGCACGCCUGCCGAUCAGACAAGGCAGGCGCGUCGCCGGCGUCACGCCAGAGUCCCGAUCCGAUGGACGAUCGACUCGAGGCGUUCGUGAUGACCCCGUUGGAGACAGCCUGCCUCGACUUCUGCAUCGAGCUGCUCAACCAGAAGACCAAGGUGCACAAGUACGAGAGCCCGUUAGUAUGUGCGAUGGCGGUCCUCGGUCGCGGCGAGCAGGGCUGGCGCGACGCCGACAGCUAUCCACUGAUCCUCUCGCGCGUGCUGAAGGUGGCGCGCUUUCUCGUCGUGCAGAAGGCGUUGUGGCUCGACCCCCAGCACUGGGCCAUCAUCCAGAUGUGGGCAGCGGCCGCCGAGCAGGGCUCGUGGAUGGGCGAGGCGGCAGACCAGGAGCUCGCAUGGCUGUUCGAGGACAAAGGGUACGCCGAGGCCUCGUCCCCGUCGAGUCCGUCGAGCCCAGAGACCGUAUCAGCAUCCCAAGGCCGCACGAUUGGCUGCAUUCGAUCCCGGUCAUUUCAGACUGGCGUCGACUGGAUGGUGCAGCGAUUCAUGGUCCGUGGCCAGCACGGCCCCGUCAAAGUGCUGCUUGACUGGCGCACGUACGGACUGAAGGUGCACUACAACACCACGGCGCCAGGGCAUGUGACAUGGAUGGGGCAGGAGCGGCUGCUGUACAAGCAGAUGGAAUUCACCAUAGGCCAGUUUCGCGGUUUUGUGCAUGCGGGGAAGACAUGGCUGGUCGACCGGAUCAGCACUGAACCGGCCGUUGCUCGAGCCUUCAUCACCCAGGGCGCUGUCAGUGCGAACAAGGUGCAGAAGUACUUUCAGCAGGUCGCACGAUUCAAAGAGAAGCUGGCGGUGGCCGUGCACCUCACCAGCGGGGCGCCAGCGCGCGUGCCCGAGCUGCUGAGCAUCCAGCACGUCAACACCGACAACAACUGGCGUCGCAACAUCUUCAUUAAGGACAGCCUCGUCGUGUUCGUGACGGCGUACCACAAGGGGUUUUACGCGAGCAACGACGUCAAGAUCAUCCACCGGUACCUGCCUCGCGAAGUGGGCGAGCUUGUUAUGUGGUACUUGUGGCUGGUGCUGCCAUUUGUGCGCCAGCUCGCGGUGACAUGGCGCCAGGUGAUGUUCAGCAGCACCAGCCAGGGUAGUAAUGCCAGCGAGCUGCCGACGCACCACAGCUCGUAUCUGUGGGGGCCGGAUGUCGGAACAGGUCGCGAAUGGUCCAGCGAGCGCCUGCGCGAGGUGCUGAAGCGGGAGAGCGAGACCAGUAUCAGCGCCCAGUAUCCGCUGAACAUCGCCAACUAUCGCGACAUUGCCAUUGGCAUCAGCCGUCGAUUCCUGCGCGCGUCGAGCGUGUUCCCAAACAACAUCCAGGCCGAGCGCGAGCAGGCGAUGGCCGCCCUGGAGGCAGACGAGGAUCUCGAUGAGAUGGGCAAUAUCGCGGACGAGCAGGCAGGGCACUCGCCCCAUGUGGCAGCGAUGGUGUAUGGGCGCAAGAGCAGCAAGCUCGCUGGCAGCACGACGACGCGCCGGCUGCGGUUUCGAGCGUCGAGCACUGACUGGCAUCGCUUUCUGGGGUUUCCAGACCCGCUACCAGUCAACACGGUGCUGGGCAAGCGCGCUAACCCGUGGGAGGAGCAGGCUGUCGACCAUCAGGAGCAACAGCAACAGCAGCUGGCCCAGACAGACAUGGCGCAGGCAUUGCAGCGCAUGACAGGACGGCCCGCGCUGCAGUUGCGCGGGGUGCAGGCACCAGCGCUGAAGGCGAUCCAGGACGGUGCCAGCCCUGUAGUUGCAAUCAUGCCCACAGGCAGUGGCAAGAGCAUGCUGUUCAUGUUGCCUGCGUAUGCGGCCCCAGGGGGAUGCACAAUCAUGGUGGUGCCCCUGCUGUCGCUGCGCGCGGACCUGAUGAUGCGCUGUCAGGCCCUGGGCAUCUCGUGCGUGUCGUGGGAGAGCCGCCGGCCCCCUGACGAGGCAGCGAUCGUGCUUGUGACGCCUGAGUCGACUGAGAACCCGGAUUUCCACACGUUCCUGAACCGCCAACGGCAGAUGCGACGGCUCGACCGCAUUGUCAUCGACGAGUGCCAUGUCAUCCUCAACGAUCAGAAGGAUUUCCAGCCGGCAAUGGCGCGCCUUGGGCGUCUUGUCAGUGCCCAGACGCAGCUGGUGUUUUUGACAGCGAUGCUGCCCCCGAUAGAGGAAGCACGGUUCCUGCGACGCAUUAAGCAUCAACGCAGCGAGGUUGGCAUCCAUCGCGCGCGGACAAGUCGGCGCAAUGUCGCGUAUCGCAUGGUUCGGCCGUCGCUGCCCCGAGGCGUCCCUCGCAAGCCACACCAGUGGUUGACACAGCCCAACGUGCGGGGAUUCAUCCAGCAGCGCAUCCAGCAGGCUGGUGAUGGCCAGGUGAUUGUGUACGCCAACAUCAAGAGCCAGGUUGAUGCCAUCAGCUGCGAGCUGGGCUGCGAGGCGUACCACAGUGCUGUUCUGGACCAGACGGGGGUGAUGCAACGGUUCCAGAGCAGCCAGACCCGCAUCAUUGCUGCGACGAGCGCCUUGGGCAUGGGCAUCGACAUCCCCGACAUCCGGUGCGUGAUCCAUCUGGGUCGGCCACGGACGCUGCUCGACUAUAGCCAGGAGAGUGGGCGCGCAGGGCGCGACGGCUUGGCAAGCAAGGCCGUCAUCGUGCACCCCCAGGGCUGGGACGACCUUGAUCCGUGGGUUGACCGGGUGUCGGACGCCGAGUUCGAGCACAUACAGGCGUACAUGGAGGUCGUCGAGGGGGUGGGGUGUCGUCGGUACGUCCUCGACCAGUAUCUGGACGGGACGGUCGACGGAUACACGCGCCAGCAGUGCCAGGAUCAGGAUCCCGACAAGCUGCCAUGCGAUGCCUGCCGGCCGGAUAGGCAGGACGAGCGAACCCCAACGCCAUCGCCAUCACUGUCGCCAGCAGCAUCAGCAGCAGAAUGCAACGUCGACAUGAGUAACCGGCCCAACGAUCCCCCCAAUGCACAAAAUAGGCCCGUUCUGCUCGAUUUGCCGCGAUCUGCAGCAGUAGCACCCUCAUUCAAGGCACUGGCGCCUCCUGCAGCUGUUUCGACAGUCCCAGCAGAUGGCAUGACACCAGCACAAUACCAGCACACCACUAUCCGGCAGCAGACGGCCACCGUGCAGUGGGGCUUGGAUCGCGAGUUCCUUGAGCAAGAGGCCUGGCGAUGGCUGCACCAAUACUACAUCUGCACAGUAGCCGGGCGUGACGGCAACCAUGAGCUGUACAACUGCCGUCACCCCGACAGCCAGACUGCCAAACAGUGGAUGGUGCAGCUGCGAUCCCAGAUCGACUAUGCGCCGUUCCGCUGUUAUUUCCAGUGUGGGAUGCCACAGUCAGUCUGCCAGGGCUGGCAGGCCGGGCAGGAGUGUCUGUGGCGCGGGGCGCUGAUCUCGACCAUUGCAGGGAUGCUGUACGGGCCUCACGGGGCUCAGGUGCAGUCCGCCUGGCAGCGCCAUUUGGCCGGACGGAUGGUCGAGCAGCGGAUGGUGUAUGCGCAGAAGGCGCGGCGCCAGGUCGACGCCCAUGUAGUGGAUGUGCAGGAGGUCACCUCGGUGGCGGCCUUCCUCGGGCAGGCAACAGCUGACAGACAGGGCAUGGAGAUGCAGGCUGCAUUCUGCUGGUUACGGCGGGUUUGUCAGGAGUGCGAAGCAGCAUGAUCUGACAGCAAUAUAUCAAGAAUCAGUCAUGUAGAGAGUCAUAGCAGAUUUGUUGCUUUAUUAUGUGUGUAGGCGGAUAGCAGAAUAGAAUUAUAGGCAAGAG